UGGGGUGAAGGUAUAUCAUGUCCAUACCCCUUCAACCCGCCUUCCUCCACCAUCCCCUCCAAUAACUACUCUGUGUUUCAGUCUCAGUCUCAGGGAAAGCCAGUGUACACCAGUGGAGGAGGUGGUAUUGGAGGAGGUGGUGAAACUCCUACUCAGAAGUUUGUGAGUUAUGACACAGAACUGGGCCGUUCAGAGGGCAUGACCACCUGCACUUCCUGUCAACAACAGGUGAUGACGAACGUGACCUAUAAAGUCGGAGCCUACGCCUGGCUCAUGUGCAUCCUCUUCAUCCUCUGUGGGUUGGUAGUAGGCUGCUGUCUGAUCCCAUUCUUCAUGAAACACUUUAAGGAUGCGUACCACUCCUGUCCUCGUUGCAACCGCAUUAUCCACGUGGACAAGCCACGCUGCUGCUGACCGCCAUACCACCACCCACCACUAGGAGAGCUGUUGCUGACUGCCAUACCACCACCCACCACUAGGAGAGCUGCUGCUGACCGCCAUACCACCACCCACCACUAGGAGAGCUGUUUCUGACUGCCAUACCACCACCCACCACUAGGAGAGCUGUUGCUGACUGUCAUACCACCACCCACCAAAAGGAGAGCUGUUGCUGACCGCCCUACCACCACCCACCACUAGGAGAGCUGCUGCUGACUGCCACAACAUCGCCCAACACUAGGAGAGCUGCUGCUGACUGCCACACCAUCGCCGACCACUAGGGGGAGCUGGUGCUGUGGCCAAUAUGCUUUACUACUAGCAGGGGAGCUGUGGCUCUACUCUCAGUCUGACCACUGGCCACUCUCUCGGUCUGGAUUCCAUUAGAAGAGCACCAGUACAGUGAAAUGCCUUUCUCACAGAAAACAUGCUCCCUUUCCCUCAUGCACCCACAGCUCGGUGUAGGAAUUUGAGAGUGGUUAUAUUUAUCCAGCCCCAUCCCUCGGCUGUUUACCAAUGCAGUGGCAGGGCCAAGGUGACAGUUUUGGUAGUUCUUUGAAUUGCAGAUUGUCCUUUUAAAUUUCGGGCUUCAAUACGGCUCUUAUCUACACUCUUUCAGAACAGCGAGGGAGAGGAAAAGGGGGGGGAUGUUUUCAGAAUGGAAUCCAGCCCAAGGGAGAGACCCCCUAGCAGCAGCCCCACAGAAACCUACAGGAUUACACAGUCGUAGGAUGAAUCCCAAAAUGGCACCCUACUCCCUAUAUAGUGCACUACGUUCGAGAGGGAGCUAGUACAAAAGUAGUCCACUACAUAGGGUAUAGGGUACAAUUUGGGACGCACUUUAGUUUAAAUGCUGACCGAACUUACUGUACCAGAGGGUUGUAAAUAGUAUGAAUCUGUGACCUAUUUUUUGUAAUAUAAAAAUUAAAACAAGCUAGCAGAUGAAGACGUGGUAGAGCUCAACCUGGGCCUUGUUCGAUAAGGGAGCAGGGUUGCACAGUUCUAGUAACCGACCCAGGUUUUCCACAAACCCCAGGUUGGAAUAUUGGCAUAUGAGAAGGGAAGAGGGUAGCCUGGGUACCAGUCUGUUAAGAUAUCAUUCCACUCUUUGUCUUGGCAAACGUGGCUUGACAAAGAGUGGAAUGUUAACACACAGACAGACUGGAUUUCUCCAGGCUAGGAAGAGGCAGAACAUAUGGGAAUACGCCAACCGGGACGUCUGAUUGGUUCCCGGACUAUUGCAACCCCUUGAGUAGCCUUACACAGAACCUUCAGAUAGAAAUGUGUUGUGUAGAACAGACAUGAUUCCCUGGUAAAUGUCUAUCUAUAUUCCCUUGAGUAACCUUACACACACUUCUAUCUGAAGGUUGUGUAUAUCUGUCGGUUGGUCAACCCAGAUAGUAAUGUAUACAUUUACCAGGGAAUCAUGUCUUCCCUUGAAUAAGGCCCUUGGUUGACCAACCGACAGACAACGAGCCCAAUAAUCAGAUAAUUAUCAUUAUAGCUAUGAUUCCUACAGAUCGGGCGUCAUUUAGUGCUCUCCCCAGGUCCCCCCCCCCCCCCUUUCAGAAAGCUGUUAUGUACAUAAAGGACUGAACUGGGUGUUUCACCUUAUUUUAGAAUAAACCAAAUAUGAUUUUAUUGAGAAAACUCAUCAUUCUAACUGUCAACUACAAUGACGUGCAACAACAUCACACUGCUGUCCUGAUCUGUUAUCUUGUGUAACACCACACAGCUGACCUGUUAUAUUGUGUAACACCACCACACAGCUGACCUGUUAUAUUGUGUAACACCACCACACAGCUGACCUGUUAUAUUGUGUAACACCACCACACAGCUGACCUGUUAUAUUGUGUAACACCACACAGCUGACCUGUUAUAUUGUGUAACACCACCACACAGCUGACCUGAUGUUGUGUUAUAUUGUGUAACACCACACAGCUGACCUGAUGUUGUGUUAUAUUGUGUAACACCACACAGCUGACCUGACCUGUUAUAUUGUGUAACACCACCACACAGCUGACCUGAUGUUUUGUUAUAUUGUGUAACACCACACAGCUGACCUGAUGUUGUGUUAUAUUGUGUAACACCACCACACAGCUGACCUGAUGUUGUGUUAUAUUGUGUAACACCACACAGCUGACCUGAUUUGUUAUAUUGUGUAAAACCACACAGCUGACCUGACCUGUUAUAUUGUUUAACACCACACAGCUGACCUGAUUUGUUAUAUUGUGUAAAACCACACAGCUGACCUGACCUGUUAUAUUGUGUAACACCACACAGCUGACCUGACCUGUUAUAUUGUUUAACACCACACAGCUGACCUGAUGUUGUGUUAUAUUGUUUAACACCACACAGCUGACCUGAUGUUUUGUUAUAUUGUGUAACAACACCACACAGCUGACCUGACCUGUUAUAUUGUGUAACACAACACAGCUGACCUGAUGUUGUGUUAUAUUGUGUAACACCACACAGCUGACCUGAUGUUGUGUUAUAUUGUGUAACACCACACAGCUGACCUGAUGUUGUGUUAUAUUGUGUAACACCACACAGCUGACCUGAUGUUGUGUUAUAUUGUGUAACACCACACAGCUGACCUGACCUGUUAUAUUGUGUAACACCACCACACAGCUGACCUGAUGUUUUGUUAUAUUGUGUAACACCACACAGCUGACCUGAUGUUGUGUUAUAUUGUGUAACACCACACAGCUGACCUGAUGUUGUGUUAUAUUGUGUAACACCACACAGCUGACCUGACCUGUUAUAUUGUGUAACACCACCACACAGCUGACCUGAUGUUUUGUUAUAUUGUGUAACACCAUCACACAGCUGACCUGAUGUUUUGUUAUAUUGUGUAACAUCACACAGCUGACCUGACCUGUUAUAUUGUGUAACACCACCACACAGCUGACGAGAAAUGGACUACUGUUAUAUUGCGUACAUAGAUUAUAUGCCUCUAAUAAAAUAUAUUAUCACUUU